UCUGCAUCUCUAUCAUCGUCUCAUGUCUUCGUUCCUCCUUCUCCGACUAACAAAACACAUUAUCUAGAGCUGAACUUCUGGCGUCGCCUACGAAUCAUGCGUCUUCUGCAACGCAAGGACGGCGAUAGAUACAGCCUGACAGAGUUUGUGGGCGAUGCCAUCCCACGUUAUGCCAUCCUAUCUCAUACCUGGGGCCCAGAUCAAGAAGAGGUCACAUUGGUAGAUCUUGAGCAAGAUGCAGGUACGACUAAGGCCGGCUAUCGGAAACUCCAGUUCUGCGCAGACCAGGCAGCUAAAGACGGUCUCCGCUACUUCUGGAUAGACACUUGCUGCAUUGACAAAUCAAGCAGCGCAGAGCUGACUGAGGCCAUCAACUCUAUGUUUGUCUGGUAUCGCGACGCUGCCCGAUGCUACGUAUAUCUAUCCGACGUUUCGACCAGCAGCCUCACCAGUAGCCUCACCAGCAGCACGCCUGCCCAACAACACUGGGACCGUGCGUUUCAGCAGAGCAGAUGGUUCACACGUGGCUGGACGCUUCAGGAGCUAGUCGCCCCAGUGUCAGUUGAGUUCUUUUCGGCUAAGGGCGAGCGGCUCGGCAACAAAUACUCGUUGGUGCAGGAACUUCACAGUGUUACUGGAAUCAGCGUUGAGACUCUUCAGGGAAGCCGCCCUCUGGAUCGACUCACCGUCGACGAGCGCAUGUCUUGGGUAGAGCAACGCAAGACAAAGCGCGAAGAGGAUGCAGCAUACUCACUGCUGGGCAUCUUCGACGUGCAUAUGCCGCUCAUAUAUGGAGAAGGUCGGAGGAAGGCAAGUGAGCAACAACACUGCAGCUUGACUUUGUGGCAGUCUAGCUCCCUAGAGAUAUAA